GUACAUACUUGAGAAAACUGUGCCUUGUGGAUCUGUUGUGUGUAAGGAAAAGUCAAAUUAGGGCAACUAGAGACCAAUAAUUGAGAUUCCAUAUGUGAAAUUUCCAUGAAAUAAUUGGAUUUGUAAUUAUUACAAGUCCCACAAUUUCAAAAUUACAGAUUCAUUGUUUACAUUUCCCACACUAGCUAGACUCCCUCCACAUAUCUAAUAUUCUUAAUAGUGAAUUCAACGUAUGGCUGAAGCUUUCAUUCAAGUUGUGCUAGACAAUCUCACUUCUUUCCUUAAAGGGGAACUUGUAUUGCUUUUCGGUUUUGAAAAUGAGUUCCAAAGGCUUUCAAGCAUCUUCUCCACAAUCCAAGCCGUCCUUGAAGAUGCUCAGGAGAAGCAACUCAAGGACAAGCCACUAGAAAAUUGGUUGCACAAACUCAAUGCUGCUACAUAUGAAGUGGAUGACAUCUUGGAUGAAUAUAAAACUAAGGCCACACGAUUCUUGCAGUCUGAAUAUGGUCGUUAUCAUCCGAAAGCUAUCCCGUUCCGUCAUAAGGUCGGGAAAAGGAUGGACCAAGUGAUGAAAAAACUAGAUGCAAUUGCUGAGGAAAGAAAGAAGUUUCAUUUGCAAGAAAAGAUUAUAGAGAGACAAGCUGCUAGACGAGAAACAGGUUCUAUAUUAACUGAACAACAAGUUUAUGGAAGGGGCAAAGAAGAAGAUGAGGUAGUGAAAAUCCUGAUAAACAAUGUUAGUGAUACCCAAGAACUUUCCGUCCUCCCAAUACUUGGUAUGGGGGGACUAGGAAAGACAACACUUGCCCAAAUGGUCUUCAAUAAUCAGAGAGUGACAGAGCAUUUCAAGCUAAAGAUAUGGGUUUGUGUCUCAGAUGAUUUUGAUGAGAAGAGGUUGAUUAAGGCAAUUGUAGAAUCUAUUGAAGGAAAGGCCCUGGGUGACAUGGACUUGGCUCCACUUCAAAAGAAACUUCAGAAGUUGUUGAACGGCAAAAGAUACUUGCUUGUCUUAGAUGAUGUUUGGAAUGAAGAUCAAGAGAAGUGGGCUAAUUUAAGAGCAGUAUUGAAGGUUGGAGCAAGUGGUGCUUCUGUUCUAACCACUACUCGUCUUGAAAAGGUUGGAUCAAUUAUGGGAACUUUGCAAUCAUAUGAAUUGUCAAAUCUGUCUCAAGAAGAUUGUUGGUGGUUGUUCAUGCAACGUGCAUUUGGGCACCAAACGGAAACAAAUCCUGAACUUAUGGCAAUUGGAAAGGAGAUUGUGAAGAAAUGUGGGGGUGUGCCUCUAGCAGCCAAGACUCUUGGAGGUCUUUUACGCUUCAAGAGGGAAGAAAGUGAAUGGAAACAUGUGAGAGAUAGUGAGAUUUGGAAUUUACCUCAAGAUGAAAAUUCUGUUUUGCCUUCUCUGAAGCUGAGUUAUCAUCAUCUUCCACUUGAUUUGAGACAAUGUUUUGCAUAUUGCGCGGUAUUUCCAAAGGACACCGAAAUGGAAAAGGGAUAUCUCAUCACUCUCUGGAUGGCACACGGUUUUCUUUUAUCAAAAGGAAACAUGGAGCUAGAGGAUGUGGGUAAUGAAGUAUGGAAAGAAUUAUACUUGAGGUCUUUCUUCCAAGAGAUUGAAGUUAAAUCUGGUAAAACUUAUUUCAAGAUACAUGAUCUCAUCCAUGAUUUGGCUACAUCUCUGUUUUCAGCAAGCGCAUCAAGCAGCAAUAUCCGCGAAAUAAAUGUAAAAGAUUACUCACAUAAAAUGUCCAUUGGUUUCGCUGAAUGGGUGCCUUCUUACUCUCCUUCACUCUUGAAAAAGUUUGUCUCUUUAAGAGUGCUUAAUUUAAAUCACUCAAACCUUGAGCAGUUACCAUCUUCCAUUGGAGAUCUUAUACAUUUAAGAUACUUGAACCUGUCUGGCAUUUUUAUGCGUAGUCUUCCAAAGCAAUUAUGCAAGCUUCAAAAUCUGCAGACUCUUGAUCUACGUAAUUGCCAGUCACUUUCUUGUUUGCCAAAACAAACAAGUAAACUUGGUAGUCUCCGAAAUCUUUUAAUUGUUCAUUGUUAUCAAUUGACUUGUAUGCCACCAAGGAUUGGAUCCUUGACAUGCCUUAAGACUCUAGAUCGCUUUGUUGUGGGAAGGAGGAAAGGUUCUCAACUUGGUGAACUACGAAAUCUGAAUCUUUAUGGCUCAAUUUCAAUCAAACACCUUGAGAGAGUGAAGAAUGAUAUGGAUGCAAAAGAAGCCAAUUUAUCUGCCAAAGCAAAUCUGCACUCUUUAAGCUUGAGUUGGGAUGAACCACAUAGAUAUAAUGAAGCCCUCAAACCACGUAGAUAUGAAUCAGAAGAAGUUAAAGUGCUUCAAGCCCUCAAACCACACCCCAAUAUUCUGAAAUUUUUAGAGAUCAGUGGCUUCAUAGGAUUCCGUCUCCCAGACUGGAUUAAUCACUCAGUUUUGGAAAAUGUCGUAUCUAUUACAAUUGAUGGUUGCAAAAACUGCUCGUGCUUACCAGCCUUUGGUGAGCUGCCUUGUCUAGAAAGUCUAACUUUAUACGAGGGGUCUAUGGAGGUGGAGUAUAUUGAAGAGGAUGAUGUUUAUUCUGGAAGAAUAAGGUUUCCAUCUCUGAGAAAACUUUCUAUAGCCGAUUUUUUAAAUCUGAAAGGAUUGGUGAAAAAGGAAGGAGAAGAGCAGUUCCCUAUGCUUGAAGAGAUGAGUAUUUCCUGGUGCCCUAUGUUUGUUUUUCCGACCCAUUCUUCUGUCAAGAAAUUGAAUGUUUGGGGGGAUGCAACAGGUUUGAGCUCCAUAUCUAAUCUUAGCACUCUUACGAAACUCUGCAUUAGGAAUAACUUGGACGCUUCACUCCCAGAAGAGAUGUUCAAAAGCCUUACAAAUCUCGAAUACUUGGAAAUCUCUAAUAUCCCGAAUAUCAAAGAGCUUCCAGCCAGCCUGGCUAGUCUCAAUGCUUUGAAGUAUCUGGAAAUUCAACAUUGUGAGUCAUUAGAGAGUCUCCCCGAGGAAGGGGUGAAAGGUUUAACUUCACUCACGACGUUGACUAUUAAUAACUGUAAGAUGCUAAAAUGUUUACCCGACGGAUUGCAGCACCUAACAGCCCUCACAAGUUUAACAAUUAGGGAAUGUCCAGAAGUGGAAAAGCGGUGUGAGAAGGGAAUAGGAGAAGACUGGCACAAAAUUGCUCACAUUCCUAAUCUGUAUAUAGAGUGAGUUUCUCUGCUUGUGUCUCUCAUUGGAUGUAAUUUUCUCAUUUUCUUUUGGAAACAUCUCAACGAUUUCUAAGAUCCUUUUGUAUUAUAAGUACUUGUUAAUGCUGUAAUUAUUGGCUAACAGUUGUUGAUUACUACUUUCUGGAUCAUGGAAAAGACAUCAAAUAGAACUAUUCAUGUUGUUU